GGCUCUUGGAAAGAGGCCAUUCGAAGAAGCAAAGGCAACCAUCGGGGUGACUCUCCUGAGCAGGUGACCAUGGAGAGCAUUAAUCCCCCUUGGAAACUGGGAAUGCACGUUCUGCUGCUGCUUCUCUUGGGAGGAUCCUAUGUUAGCUGUGAAGAGUGGUGCUAUGACAAAUCCAGCUGUGGGCCCAGAACAUGGUAUUCCCUCGGUCAGUGCAAUGGUGCCAACCAGUCUCCGAUCAACAUUGAAACCCGGAAGGCCAUGCCUGGUAGCCAUUUGGGUCCUAUCGAUUUUAUUGGCUAUGAAGACCGUUUGCGUCCGCAAUUGCUGGUCAACAAUGGACACUAUGCUGAGGUUGAAAUGAAGAGCGGAGCCGCCAUCUUUGGGAGGGGGCUUCCGGCCACAUAUUACCUGAAGUCGUUCCACUUCCACUGGGACAAAAGCAGUGCUCCAGGAUCAGAGCAUGCAGUCAAUGGGAAGCGCUAUGACAUAGAGCUACACAUCGUUCACACCAAAAACAACAUGAGUACCGAACAAGCAAGAAAAGACCCUGAAGGAUAUGCCGUCUUGGCGUUCUUCUUAAAGAAAGAUAACUAUGCUCCCAAAAUGAAUGCCUGGAAGACUCUGUCUGACCUCCUGGAAUUCAUCCCAGAGAAGGGGAAUUCUAGACAGCUGCAUGGAGAGUUCUCCUUGGGAGGGUUACUGAAAACAGUAGAUGACAGCCACUAUUAUCGCUACCAUGGCUCUCUCACCACUCCCCCCUGCAGUGAGUCGGUGAUCUGGACCAUCUUCCCUGAUCCCAUUCCGGUGUCCCCUCAAGUGGUGAAGAAGUUUACCCAGUCGCUCUAUUUUACCACCAGAAAGGAAGGUAGGAGGAUGCAGAACAAUUUCCGUCCAGUGCAGCCAUUCAGAAACCGAAAGCUCUUUUACUUCACGGAAUCAAAAUACCAUCAUGAUCCAUACCAAUUCUAAAUGCUGUCAACCGGGCCUUUGAGCCCACGGGGGUGUACUGUGAGCAGUAAAUACUAACAGGUUCCCUCUAUCAGUACCCUAAAUUCCCUCCAUCUGUCCUUGUUCCAGUAUCAGUGCUUUCCACACAGGAGGUUGCUCCAGCCAGGAGAGUGUCCUUUGUUCUUUUUGGGUGCUAAUAAUGCGAGAUUGCCGAACUUGAGUUCAUUCACAACUUCAGAACUACGGAAUCCCCCGCCCCUCGGGCUGAAUAGGGACAUAAGAUUCUUAUCUCACUACAGAUUUUCGGCCCCCAAGCAUUAUACCUCUGCAUCCUUUACAAGCAUCCUUUACGACACCCCUCCCACCUUCUGACUGGUAUAUAAAGACUCAGAUCUCUAUUUCUACUCACAUUCUACGAACGGAGCUUUGACUCUUGAAAGCGUGUACCCUGAAAUUCUUGUUGGUCUUUGAAGUGCUCCUGGAGCAGAAUCUAACUGUUCUAAUGCAGACCAACAUGGCUACCCUGUGAGAUAACUGGUAUGUUUCAGUAUUUAACAAGUAAAGCACCACUAUUACCUCUCAGAAGACUUCUAUUUAUUCAAUCUAUAACCGCAUUCAUUCGAUAACAAAGGCAUGGUUUUCCAGCCCAAGAGCAACCAUAUGCCAGUGCUUUUCAGCAGGGUUUUUUUUUUGUGUAGGAAAAGCCCAGCAGGAACUCAUUAGCAUAAUA